AUUUGGACGGCCAGGAUGCAGCGCGGCACUGAUCCGACGGUUCGCACGCCUCGUCCCCGGCUUAAUAUUGCCAUCCCCUCGCCUCGUCCCCGAAUCGUGAGGAGGAAUCGGUUCGCCAUUCGCUUCGCCCACCGCCUCGCCGAGUCGCCGGCGGCCGACGAGGGCAACAAGAUGUUCUUCCACAUCGUGCUGGAGCGGAACAUGCAGCUGCAUCCGCGGCACUUCGGCCCGCACCUCCGCGACAAGCUCGUCUCCAAGCUCAUCAAGGACGUCGAGGGCACCUGCAGCGGGCGGCACGGGUUCGUGGUGGCGAUCACGGGGGUGGAGGACAUCGGCAAGGGGCUCAUCCGGGAGGGCACGGGCUACGUCACCUUCCCCGUCAAGUACCAGUGCGUCGUCUUCCGGCCCUUCAAGGGGGAGAUCCUCGAGGCCGUCGUCACCAUGGUUAACAAGAUGGGCUUCUUCGCGGAGGCUGGGCCUGUGCAGAUCUUCGUGUCCAACCAUUUGAUUCCUGAUGAUAUGGAGUUCCAAUCUGGGGAUGUGCCAAAUUAUACGACUUCUGAUGGAUCGGUGAAAAUUCAGAAAGAUAGUGAGGUUCGGUUGAAGAUUAUUGGGACACGUGUUGAUGCAACAGAAAUUUUUUGCAUCGGCACAAUAAAAGAUGACUUUCUGGGUGUUAUCAGUGAUCCUGGUGCUGCAGUGUAAAUUAUCCGGUGGCAGGCCUCCAUCAUACUCUUGAAAAGGAAUAUUAUGAUGAAUUCUAGUGUUCAAAUAUGGAGCCUGUAUUAUGGGAUUCAAAGCAGGCAUUUAACCAAUCAAGCUGACUUUUUUCGGAUUGUACAAUUUAGUACACUGCCUUGCAAUUAUUUACACGUUCAAUGCUCUGAAAUGCAUCCUCCAAAAAAAAUAAAACGAAGAAAAGAAAAGGCUACGAAAGGUAGUAAACCUAUCUUUUCACGUUAGCAUGAA